ACUUUAAUAAUUAUUAUUUAAAUUAGUUUUAGGUUUUUUUUGUUUUAUAUAUUUUAUUUUAAUAUAAAUUAUUUACAUUAUUGUAAUGUUGAUUAAAAAUAUGUUAGCUCAAGCACGCAAUUUUCUUAGCACAAUUAUUCUUGCUGCACCGGUACCAAAAUCACAAAUAUUUCGUCCAAGUUUACCCAUUGUCAUGGCCAGUAAAAAGUUCGCCUGCAGUCUUCCAGAUGCCAAAGUUGUUCACGAUCCGGAAUCUCGAGAAUUUCGUAUUGAAUUAGUCGAAGGCCGGGCUUUUUUAGUUUACAAAUUGAAAAAGGACAUUCUCAAAGUUCUACACACAGAAGUCCCUAAGGAAGCUGGUGGCAAAGGUUAUGGCAAACUAUUGGCACAGGCUGCAUUGAAGCACGUCGAUGAAAACAAAUAUCGAAUUGCAUCCGAAUGUCAUUAUUUCCAACAUUACGUUGAAACCUAUGAACCAGAAUAUUUGAAAAAAUUCCAAGAUUAAACGUGAAAGUAAUAAAAUUCUUUUAAAACGAAUGAAAAGAAAUGAAUUUCAGAGAUUUUUACUUUUCGACUAACUGAUAUGUUCUGAUUAAUAUUACACAAAUAAAAUUAAUAAACCUUUACUGCAACCAAUAAAUUAUACAGAUUUUCACUUCACUUCAUAACACAAAUCAUCUCAAUGGAUGAACAAGAUUUUUCUAGUCUUGUCCUUUACUACGGACGUGCUAGGUUUUUUCAUUCAAUGCAAAAGACAGCACUCGACGGUUUAGCCAAACAUCCAGCAAAUGCAUCAUUUCGAUUGUACAAUGGUAUUUCGUUGGCUCUUGGCAAUCGUGUCCAAGAAGGUAUUCGUGAGUUGAAUCCUCUAAAAAAUGAACCAGAUUUGGGAUUGGCUGCAACAUUGGGUCUCAUUUAUGCCCAUAAACGAUGCAAUCUAGUCGACAAUGAUGCUUUGGCUGGUUUGGAAUUAAAAUUGAAAGAAGAACGAAAGAAUUUAACAGCUAAUUCAGCUUAUUAUGCGGCUGUAUUCUUGUUCCUCAGUGGUGGGAAAGUAGAAAAGGCUCGGGAAUAUGCAGAAAAGGCAAUCAAACUAAAUCCUGAUCAUUCAAAUGCUCAUGUGUUGAAAGCUUGGGCUGAAAUGUACACAGAAGAAAGGAUAAGUAAGAAUACUCUUCUCUCUUUGGAAAAAGUUUUGCUCAAAGGAAAAAACAUUGAUGCAUCUCUGGGGCAAGUUAAGUACUUUCAACUGAAUAGUGACUACGAGAAUGCUAUUUCAGUGCUGAAUAAGCUCUCGGUGCGUUUCCCUGAGCUGAAUAUUCCGCUAAUUGAGAAAAUGGAAACUCAUCUUGCCAGUUGGAACUGGGAUUAUGGAUUUGAAACAGCUUUGAGAAUUGUAAAUCUCGAACCAACAAACAUAGCUGCUUUAAGAGUUAAGGGAUUCUUGUUGAUUUGUAGAGAGGGCAAUAUCCCAUCGGGAGUACAGACACUUCAACAAUUGCUGAAUGCCGCCGAACGUGUAGAAAUGGGCAAUUACAGUCUUAUUCUUCAGAUUUGUCAGCUCUUUGCUAGAAUAUGUGGUCGUCAAAAGGAUAUCCUUAACCUUACCAAUAAGUACAUCGAUAAAAUUGUCCAGCUCAGUCCCGGAAAUGUUGAAUUCCUCACCGAACUGGGCUAUCAGUAUAUUAUGAUGGGCAAUUACAAAGAAGCGACUAAGUGUUUCAAAUCGGCAACCAAAGUGGAUGACAAUUUAUUUUUUGCUCUAUGUGGCCUUACUCUAUGCCAGAUUAUCGAAAGUGGAGUUACGGAACAAGUUCGUCAGCAAGUUGAAUUUUUAAAUGAAAUCAAGGGAAUUGAUAAGGAACCGAUUUUAUUGUUUCUCUCUUCGAAAAUUGCUGAGAAUGGCGAUCGAGCUGUAGCACUUCUAAUUGAAGCUACAGAGAUUCAUUUUAAAAAUCUAAAAGCUUUAUCGUAUGGCGCAGAAUAUCUUCUUCGAUUUGAUCCGGAUUUUUUGCUUCAAGUCACUAUGGAACUUAUGCAACAUUCACCUGUUCAAGUGCAGGUUAAAGUGGGUGUGAAUUUGACCAAAGACACGCUACACAUUUCGUUAAAACAUUGCUUGAAUAUUUUGGAGGCGGUGUGCAAAGCAUGCCCUGGCUCAGUGAAGGCUAUAUUCCUAAUGGCAAAGGCUGAAUUCCUUUGUGGGGAGAUCAGUUCAUCGACAACAACUUUGCAGAAGAUUCUUAAUGAAAUAGAUCCAACUUAUACUGAUGCUCAUUUGCUAAUAGCUCAAAUACAUAUUCAGCAGAAACAGUUUUCCAAAGCUUUGCAAUCCUUGGAAAUUGGUUUGUCACAUAAUUUUUCAGUUCGUGAGAAUCCAUUGUACCAUUUGUUAAUUGGCAUUGUUCAGAAGAAUCAACAACAAUACGUUGAGGCACAGAAGAGUUUUUUAAAUGCAAUGAAUUUAACAGGAAGUAAAUUUACUCAAGAAUUAUCGAAUAAUGUAGCUUCACCGAAGAAAUAUCGUAAAUCGGAUAUUGGAAGUUUUACUUUAGCCGAUAAGGUUACAUUGUAUUUGGAAUUGAUUGAAGUUUAUAUUCAAUUGGGUGAGAGUUUUGAAAGUGAAAGGUUACUACAAAACGCUAUGGAAGAAUUUAGUGGAACAUCAGAAGAAGGACGAGUGGUUAUUGCAAAUUCGGAUCUUGUAUUGCAAAAUGGGAAUAUAGCAAAGUCUAUUGAAUUGCUGGAGGAUAUUCAACCGGGACAAUCGUAUUAUAUUCAGGCUAAAACUCACUUAGCAAAUAUCUAUCUUCAUCAUCGCAAAGACCGCGUUGCUUUUGCUAAAUGUUUCAAACAACUUGUUGAAAACUGUCCUGAACCAGAAAGUUAUCUUAUGCUUGGUGAAGCUUACAUGUCUAUUCAAGAACCCGAUCUCGCUGUUGAUGCUUAUAUACGAGCUCUUGAACUCAAUCCAAAUGAUUCUCUACUUGCAAGUAAGCUAGGUCGUGCCUAUGUCAAGACUCAUCAAUAUAAAAAAGCAAUUCGCUAUUAUCAAGAAGCUGUACUAAAUCCAGAUCAUUCAGGAUUAAAACUUGAUCUCGCUGAACUUUACUUGAAGUUAAAACAAUUUCAAAAUGCUGCUGAUAUAUUAAUGCAAGAAGUCGACCAAAGAAGAAUUGACGAUAAUGAUAUAUCUGCCUUACAACUUCGCACCAAACAAUUGCUUCUCUUAGCUAGAGUUCAUGAAAAAUCUGGAAAUAUUGCUUUCUCAUUAACCAGACUCAAAGAAGCUCGUGACAAUCAAUAUCGAGUUCAAAAACGAGUCACUAUUGAUCAGUCGGGUAAUUUACAAGAACAAAACAAAGUUCUUGUCAAAAUAUGCCUUCUUAUUGCUGAACAAUCAAUCAGCCUGCGCGAAAAUGACCAGGCGGUGAAAGUGUACAAAGAAUCUCUCAAAUACUCACCCAAUGAUAUUUCAAUUUUGGCUUCUUUAGCUAGAUUGCAUCUGCAAAUGAAUCAAAUGGACCAAUGCAAAGAGAUUUGCAAUCAAAUUCUUCAUUUGGAUAGCAAUAAUGAAGCAGCUUCUGUAAUGAUGGCUGAUUUGUCCUUUAGAAAAAUGGAUUUUGAAAACGCUGCUUACCACUUUUCCCAAUUGCUUAUAUCCCAGCCAUGUUAUUGGACCGCUCUGGCGCGUCUCAUAGAAGUAAUGCGCCGAUCUGGAACCUUGUCUGAGGUUGCAUCAUUUAUUCAGCGAGCUGAACAGGCUUCGGUGAAUCCAUCGCAAAUAGCCGGAUACAACUACUGUAAAGGACUUUACGAAUGGUAUUGUGGCAAUCCGAACGGUUCACUGCGUUUCUUCAAUAAUGCUCGUCGAGAUUAUGAAUGGGGACAGCAGGCAGUCUUCAAUAUGAUUGAGAUUUGUAUUAAUCCCGAUGGUGAGUUGCCAAAUGCUUCUGAUGCUGAGAUGGCAGCCGAUAGUGGUGAAUUCAAUGAUUCUAGAAUUGUUGCUUUGCGAACUGCUGAAAGACUUUUGAAAGAACUUCGUCCUCGUCCCGGUGGAAUGGACAAUGAAGCUUUAAAUCAUCGACUUUUACAUAAUUUCUUACAACUCUCAACGAAACAGAAAUUUCAAAUUGAAUCUUCUUUGCAAGAUUUUUCCGAUCUUGCUAUGAAAGAAGAAUAUCAGAAUUUAGUAGGACCAAUUUUGGGAAUGGCAUCAGCUUUAAUUAUGCUGAAGCAAACUCAACGAGCAAAAAAUCAAUUGAAAAGAAUAUCUCGAAAUAUUUGGAAUUUUGAAGAAGCUGAAUAUUUAGAACGAAGUUGGUUGCUUUUAGCAGAUAUUUACAUGCAAUCAAGUAAAUAUGAUGUGGCUGAGAGUUUUGUUGAAAAAGUUUUGGAACAUAAUAAAUCAUGUACCAAAGCUUAUGAGUUUGCUGGACAAAUAUCAGAAAAAAUGCAAAAUUAUCGAGAAGCAGCGAAAAGUUAUCAUAGUGCAUGGAAUUGUGGUGGCAAAUCUAAGCCACAUGUUGGUUAUAAACUGGCUUUUAAUUAUAUGAAGUUGAAAAAAUAUGCUGAUGCUAUAGAUGUUUGUCAGCAAGUUAUGAAGGAACAUCCGGAUUAUACUAUUAUUAAGAAAGAUAUCUUGGAUAAGUGUAGGAAUAAUUUAAGGUCUUAAGAUAGUUGUUGAAGGUUAAAUUUUCGUCCAAUCCACGUUUCUAGUUUUUUUUUAUGGAAAUAUCCGUCCAAAGUGUGAAUCUUUCAAAAACUGUAAACUUUCUUUUCAAAUAGCUGUAAGCUGAAAAAAAAUACGGUCAUUAUAAUUUUUAUAUUGCAAAAUAAAUCCCAGUGCAAAUAGGUGACUUGUAUACGAUACUGAAAAUAAAGGACAAAAAACACUUACAAAUACAUAAUGUGUAUGGCUAGUUUAUAAGUUAUUUUAUUUAUAGAUUUUUUUUUACAUUCAGUAUUUAUGUUAUUAUUUUAUUUUUUUUAAUUUAUACACAAUAAAUUUUGUUUAAAUAUUGAGCCGAGAAUUAAUUUAUAUUUUAAAUAAAACAAUAUUUUUCUUAUAAUGUACAUUUUUAGAUAAAAUAAAUUACAACACCAUUUAAUACA